AUGACUACCCCUGUUGCCAUUCGUCGUGCUCCAACUGAUUUCCAUAUGCCAAAAUCUCAUCAUCAUCACCAACAUAAUGUUCGUCAUAAUCAUCAAACGAUGAACGGUCAUAACAAGACUCUUACAAAAACAGAGGCCAGCAAAUCAGGCAACACUCAACUCUUCGGCACAACACCUGGCGGAACGAAUAGGAUUGUUUAUUCUCGUGAACAAUUAUUGCUUUUGGCAAGUUCACCUUUAUCACAAACAAUCACUCCUGUUCCGCAAGAGAUCAGUCGUUCACCCGAAUUGAAAUCAGACGGUUUUGCUCAUCAAAACAGCCCUUAUGCUAAAUCACCUCCUCAAUCACAACCACAACAAAGAAACCCUCCAAGAGCAACAAACGGUUCUUCUACCGUUCGCAAUCCUUCUCCACCUUGGACUACUGUGGUGAAAUCCGGUAAGAAGGACGUCAAACCGUUGAAUAUGAAUGGUGUCCAAUACGGUCGUUCACCAGGCGGUCGAUCACCUUCUGCAAACUUCAACGUUGGCAGUAUCGGUAGUGCUGGGAUCACGGCAAGCAGCAUUACCCGCUCUCCACCAAACAGUGCAAGCAAGCCACGUAGUCCGGGUAAUGCGUUCAAUUUUGGUAAACUUGGCUCUAAUCAACAACAAACAAAUACAACACCUUCUUCGUUUAAAGAACGUUUAGAAGCGGCAGAAGCAGCUGUUGCAAAACAACAACAACAAACAAAUGAUGAAGAGCAAGAAGACACUCCAAACCUUUCAAACGAUAAUCAUCAUGUCAAACGUGGUCGUUUAGGCAGUAAUAGUAGCACGAGUACCACUAGCAAUAACGGUAACAACGCUCAUCAUCAUGAAAAUGAUGAACAAUUUGCUAUGGAAAUGUAG